UUUGUCGUCUGCUUCUUCAAUUUAAUGUUUUUGUUUUUGAAGGGUGACGUGACGUGAGUGCUUUAUCUGUGACGAGACUCAAGUCAAGAAUUUUUUAAAGUUAAAUGGGAUAUUUGUGAGCUGUGACGCAGUUAUGGCUUUUCUACAUAUAUUUGCGUUGUCAUUUCUCGUUUCAUCAUCUUGGGCUUCAGGAAAACAAAUCCAGCAACCCAAUUUGAUAUUCAUUCUAGCAGAUGAUUUUGGGUGGAAUGAUGUCAGUUUUCAUGGUUCCAAACAAAUUCCAACACCCAAUUUAGAUGCCUUGGCCUUCUCAGGAUUAAUUUUACAGAACUACUAUGUAACUCCAUUAUGUACUCCAUCUAGAAGUGCUCUGAUGACUGGGAAGCAUCCUAUCCAUACAGGAAUGCAACAUGAUGUGCUCUACGGAUAUUCCAGAUAUGGGUUACCUCUGUCGGAAAUCACUCUUCCUGAAUAUUUGAAGGAUCUGGGUUACAAGAACCACAUUGUAGGUAAAUGGCAUUUAGGCCACUACAAAAGUGUGUACACACCACUUUAUAGAGGAUUUGACUCCCAUUACGGAUACUGGACCGGGCAUCAAGAUUAUUAUGAUCACACGGCUGUCGAAUGGAAUGCUUGGGGCUACGAUAUGAGGCGAAAUCAUUCCGUCGAUUGGUCCGCCUAUGGAAAGUACACGACAACACUUUUGACGGAUGAAGCCUGUGACGUAAUUACCAAACACGAUGUCUCCAGUCCUCUGUUUCUUUACGUGGCCCAUCUUGCCGUUCAUUCAGCCAAUCCAUAUUCGCCAUUACAAGCGCCCGAAGAAACCGUUGAAAUGUUUUCCAAUAUUGAGGAUCUCCAACGAAAAAGAUACGCAGCUAUGGUCCACGAGCUAGACGUUUCAGUUGGCAAAAUAGUGAAAUCUCUUGGCGAUAAUAACAUGUUAGAAAACACGGUCAUCGUCUUCAGCACAGACAAUGGAGGACCUGCCGCAGGGUUCAAUCAAAACGCCGCUUCCAACUGGCCUUUAAAAGGGGUUAAAAAUACUCCUUGGGAAGGAGGUGUGCGAGCUGCUGGCUUAAUAUGGUCACCUUUGAUUCCAAAGAGCCGACGAGGUCAAGUGAUGUCUAAUCUGAUGGACAUUUCCGAUUGGCUACCAACACUGUUUGAAGCCGCUGGCGGCGAUGUUGCGACUCUUAAAGGACUGGAUGGUGUUAGCCAUUGGAAUACUGUCCUCUACGAUAAGCCAUCUGCGCGUAAUCACGUUCUCCACAACAUUGAUGAUCAGCUGGGAUAUGCCGCCAUUCGCAAAGAAAAGUGGAAGCUAGUCAAAGGAACUACAUAUGAAGGAUCGUGGGAUGGCUGGUAUGGGCCAUCUGGACGUACAAACGAAAGCUCUACGAAUUUCAUCAAUAGCGUCGACGACGUCAGUCUAAUCUACAAAAAUGCGGUACUUGAUAGUGAUGCUGCUCAGUAUAUUGCAAUGCUGGGAAUGUCUGGAACCCAAAACCUUUAUCAGCAACUCAUCAACGCAGAAAUCACUUGUGGCGAGCGACCAGUCGAUGCACAUCCUUGUUUGCCUUUGGAUGCCCCCUGCCUCUUUGAUAUCGAACAAGAUCCAUGCGAGUACAAUAAUUUGGCUGAAAAAAUGCCUCACAUCACCGAGGACUUGCUCAGUUUACUGAGCUGGUACAAUUCAACAGCAGUGGCUCCCCUCAACACUUCUCCAGAUCCCAUGUCUAAUCCCAAAUAUUGGAACUACACAUACACAAACUGGGCUGAUUUUGUGUAAACUCGGGUAAUAUGGUUACUAUCUUCUGUAAAUUGGCUCGAAAAAUUACAUUGCGGCACAUUACCUUAAAUGAUUGAAUGAAUAUCGAAAUAGCACAUUGUUUCUGUUUAUUUAAAAAUCUUCAAUAAAACAUAGACUCUGCAUUUCAUGUUACAAAUAUAAGCUAUCCACGGAUUCCGCCAAAGUUACCGCGUUCUCCGUAACCGCCAUAUGGGCCACUGUACCCACCAUACCUGAUUCGUUGUUGGCUAUCCGUUCGAAUCUUUACGGUAACUUCACUGGCAUGCAGAUCGACAUUGGGAUCGUCUACUUGACCGUCUGUGGGAAUGUCAGUUGAUUCUCUCCCAUUGCGCAACAACGGGCUGUCAUUUUCACUAUUUUGGUCAUCAACAGCUGCGGCGACAAGAGCCACCAGACAUACUAACACCAACUGUUAGUCAGCAAAUCGUCGCAGCAACAGCGAGGUUAAACAACAAGUAAAAUGUGUCAUAUUCUCAAGUUAUAAGUGCAAGCAAAAUAUUGUUAAUUACGAUUUUACCGUGUUUUUCAUAGUUUCUAAAUUGUUGCUGGGCUCUAGCUGGGUACGAAUCGAGCUCGGAAUUGAAAAAAACUAAUGUUUAUCGAUCGAAAUUUUGUCGCUUAUAUACUGACUCUUUCUUUAAUUUUAUUAUUAUCAAAAAAUCCCCGGAAACAAAAGCGAAAAAAAGAAAUUUAGAAACAAAAGUCUCAUAAAAAAGUUUCACUACUUAGAAUCGCCCUAAUUUGUAACGUUGUGCGUAUGAUUAGAAAUCAGAAUAUAGGGCUACUCAUUGUUUAACUGAAAAAUAAUUAUCAAUGUCAGGUUAUCUCAGAUAUGUUGUUCAAGAAGGCCAUGCAAAGCUGUCCUUUUCAACGGGUGUUUCCGGGAUGUGUUUAAUUUGCCGUUAACUUCACUGAACCAAUGAAAUUUUCUCAAGGUCUUGCCAAUGUCUUCAAGUUUUAAAUAAACGCAGAAUAGCAGAACUUCAACAAAAGUCAAAGUAAGUAUAAAAGGUACACCGACAGCUUUGCUUGUAUCAGUUUAACGACAAACGCGCAAAGCGUAUGUAUUGGUAAUGCUCUGGUAAGUAAUAUUAACUCGCAUUCUUUUUUUUUUUAUAUUCGACUAACUCCGUGUUCUAGAUUCUUCACUUUUUGCUGAUUUCAUAUUUGGCUUACUUUUCAUGCGAUAUUGGAAUAGUGAAUGGUGCUAGUUAUACCGUCGUCAGCUGUUUCGGCUGUUCUUUUUUUUAAAAAUUCAACAGAAAGUUUAAAAAUGCCGCCCAUUUGAAGAAAUUGAACAUAGAUGAAUUUUACCAUGUUUCCCAUCCAUGCUAAAUAUCUUAAAUAUUUUUGCGAGAAUUCCACGUCCGUCAAACCACCAGUAGACGGACCCGGAUCUGAUGUUUCCGAACAAUUUUUCAGACUACCGAAAAACAGUAUGGCUAUCGCAGCUGCCACUCUUUCGGAAAAGUUCUCUCUCGCAAAGAAUUAAAAUUCUGGCCAAAGCAUCGAGCGAUCAACAUCAAACCGACAGACAACAAUCCAUGGCGGAUAUUUCCAACCGAUGACUAUACAGAUAAGCUCAUUUGGACUGGCUCGGACACAGCGGUGGUUACCAAUUUUCACGAUUUUACCUUUUACGGUCAUCACGGAUCCGCUUCCGAUUACGUCAGAAAUCUUUAUUCUCGCGAGUUACGACACAUGCGUUAUUCUACCACAACUCCUGUUUCAAAGAUAGUAAAAAAAAACUCGACAUGGGUAGCUUUUUAAAAAAUAGCAGUCGCUGUUUUGUGUUAUGCACCAUUUUAAUUGGCAUUACAAUUCGCAUACAGUUUCGUAUUUAUACCAAAAAUGCGUCAGACAAUUUCACAAUUGUUUUUCUGACUCACGUUAGAUAAAUAACUUAGAUUUCGUUCACAUGAGUUGAAAAUGAAAAGCAUUUACCUUGUAUCAAUUGUUUUUUGUUAAAAUAACGAAAAACAAACUGUGUCACACAAAAACAAAAGGAGCAAUAACUGAAUUCGGUGUCGAGCUCAGUUAAUUUUAGUCUUCGUGCGAUUUUUUCCACCGUCGUCCUUUGGUUAGUUGCGCGCAAUUAAAUCAGCACGAUUCAGCAGUUAGCUAGAACACUAACGAUCGUUUCCUAUUUUACUCACGCCACUGCUAAUAACCUUCCUCAGGAACCGGAAAGUUCCGCUGUUGCCCGUCCUUUCUAAACAAGGACGCGUGUUCUAAUGAUCUGAAUUUUUUCGUCUUUGGGCGGCAACGAAACAAGUUCUCGUUGAAACUGUUAGAAUGCCGUAUCUGGAGCAAAUUUCAUAAACGUUUUUUCCAGUCUGGAAAGUCUAAUUACAGCAUCAGAAACUAAAGGUAAAAUGAUUCAGUCAUUCCAAAAUACCCAUUGACUUAAUAACUGCAUUCCGAGAAACUGAUAAAGGUAUGAUAUCUCAAAUUCGUGGUAAGCAAAUCAAGAAAUAAAUUCUUAAAAUUAACUUUUAAGCAAUUUGCUAUUAAAAUGUAAUAGAAGGAAAAAAAAAUUCAAAUUACUCUCCUUAAAAGAGACUAACAAGGGCGCACCUUUCACUCAACAUUUGGAACAAAAUUCGAGGAGAGGGCGAACAAUUUCCUGUUUGGCAACUGACGGCCUUUUGUCUAGAAACUAUGUUUCCAGUGGAUAACGUCAAGGACGUUCAAUGUGUGUUAUUACACGCUGAGUUGGGCCAUGGUAAAAAAAAGGGCAGCAGAAUACCUUGAAUCCAGACGGCUAUAAAAGAUGUAAGAAAAUAUCCAACACGCAACAGUCUUUGAUCAUAGAAACCUUCUGCAAGUACCGUAACAAACACAGCACCAAAAGAAUGAAAUUGGUGAUUAUACUUACCUGUUUGGUGGCGUUGAGCAGACAACAGCAGCCGUUUCCAGGUUUUGGAAAUACUUUUGGAAACUUGGGAAACGCGUUCGGAAACGCCUUCAAUGCCAUAUUCACAAAUUCGGCUAAUCAGCUAACCAAUUCAGUUAGACCACUCGGUUCACCUGGAAAUAACGCAGCGGGUUUCGGACCUAAUGUCCAGCAACGGCCUCCUGCCAACGGUUUCAACUCGCCGGGAUUUUUCGCUGCUGUGAGACCUAUACCCGGGCCUACUAAUAGACCCGUAACCAUUGCCCCAGUUGUCCGGCCUACCGGUGUUCCGGUUGCUCCUGUUGUCCGGCCUACCGGUGUUCCGGUUACUCCUGUUGUCCGGCCUACUGGUUCCCCAAUCGUUCCUGUGAACCGGCCUACCGGUUCUGCUGUUACCGGUAGGAAACGGCGAACGGUCGUAGAGAAAGUCGUUGAUACCCCGGCAGCUUAUACUGCUGAUAAUGAUACUCCAAAGCCAAUUACUACUACCGAAGCGCCCUCUAGCUAUUGGCCAGUCCCUGGUGCAGGCUGGUUCUACGGUUAGAAACCAAUCAUUUUUUUUUAUCAACGCAUUUUUUAAAAUGUCGUUUUCUGUAUAUUCCAAGAUGUAUUUUUAUGUGUGUCGUUAUAGUAUACAUUUAUUUUUAUCAA